UCUUAGUAAAAGAAGUGGUGUGUUGGCACUGUGGAGAAAUUUGGAUCAAAGUACCAUAAAACGAUCAAUUUCGUCGUCCUGUGAGCGCUCAUAGUGCAGCCAGGUUAUCCGUAAUGCAAAAUUAUUUCUAAUAAUCGACAUAUUUUCUUCAUAUAAAGAAAAAAACACGGAGGAAGGAGAAUGGGCAAGAAGGAUGCCAGCGCGACCAGAUUACCAGUUGAUCAGUACAGAAAGCAGAUCGGUAAGCAGGACUACAAAAAGACAAAGACCGUCUUGAAGGCAACUCGGCUACAAGCUGAAGCUAAGAAAAACUUCUCUGGAUUUAGGGAUGCAUUCCUGGUCAUCGCAGCAAUCCUGUUCUUUGUGCUGUGUGUUUACGCCUUCUUCUACCUGAACCUAAGCACCGAGAUCAACCUGGAUGCGGAUAUGGAUUAAGAAGUGGUGAAUACUGCGGCGGAAACUUUGUUGUGGCAACACUUUAUACAUCAGAGGACCCAUGUCUACCGUAUCCUGAUGAUUAUCUGUUCAACUCCGAAACAAACUGUUUUGCCCCCCACUUAAUGUUGGUGAUGAGUCUCUGCUGGGAAGAAGGCAGUUUUUAUUAUUAUCAUGUUUAUAUCUCAAUCACAUAAAUGCGUUUCUUUGUUCAACUUGAUCACAACAAAUUAAAACAAAGUGACUAUAAACCCUUCCAAGAGGUAACAAGGGAUGACCUUUUGACAACUAAGCGACAUCUCUGUUAUAAUUCUGCUGCAGAUUCUAUAUUCAGCGAAGACGAGCCUCUUUUACACAAGUAAUCCAAAACACAGUUGAGAUUAAGCUUCUUUUUUUUCUUUUCUUCAUAUUCUGCACAGUCACGUCCCACUGUUUUCCCCACUAAUAGAAAAAUGUAAAUCUGCCGCUGCCACUCGUCACAUUCAGACACAUUCCAGCACACAAACCUCUCCUCCUGGAUAACUGAAGAUCAUAAAGUGUGAGAUUAAAAUCCACAAAGCCCUCGUCCUAAAUGAACAUGUGUGCAGAAUACCGAGCAACGGCGUGCACCUGCUGCACAUGCAUGCAGCACCAAGACAGACAUCCUCAGGAUAAUCAUUGUAAAUAUGAUCCGCUUCUUUUCAUUUGAAUGUAAUUUAUGGAGAUGAGUGGUGACUGAAUAGCUCUGAGCUUAUGUUUUUGUCACUGGGAACAUGUGAAGGUUUAUCCAUCAUGCUCAUAUUGUUGGGUUCUUAAUGACAAUUUGACGCCUCUUUUCAGAGAAUAUGAAGGUUUAUCAGUGUUUCUUUUUCUACUGCUUCACUCUUUGUGCUACAGGUCGGCAAGGUGCAAGCACUGACCUAUAAGCCAUUUAAGCUUAAGUGCUUCCACUCUUUCAUGGAUUAAUUGUUUGCGAAAGAGUAAAGAGUCAAGGGCUUUUUAUUAUCGUCCAUAUGCAGAAGUUUUAUUUGAAAUUGUAAUUUGUUUCCUGCUGUGAUUGCUUUCCAUUUCUAUUGAGUGCACAGCAAAAGCAAUAUGAUUAUCUGUAAAAAAAAGUUUUGAAUACAGACAUAUAUAUAUAUGAACAUACACUUUUUUUUAACAAAGUGUUAGAUAUUACAAGAGUCAUGUCUUCAUUUUUCCUAUUUUUUUAAAGUCUUAUAGAAAGUCUUACAUCUGUGCCUGAUUGUGUCCUGUCGCUGAUAUGAUUCCUGAAAUGUGAGACAGAUUUUGGAGCUUCCAGCUUCUGCCUUUUCUCUUUUCUCCCAUGCCCUUCCGACCUCUUGUAAAAGACUACAUGUCAAAGAAACCAUUAUGAUAAGCAUGCACCCGUACCCUCACCCCGUGGCUUUUUAUCUCGCCUUGGUACAUUCAGACCCCCUCCUCCAACUCUGCCAGUCGCUCACUUGUGUAACAAUAGAAAGCCUGGCCUAAUAGACCUUCAUACAUGACACCUGUUAUCUAAAAGGUCACCAUUACCAACUACAAGAGCCUUGACAUCAGAGUAAUGGAAAGGAUCUGGCAGCCUUACGUAUCGGUUCAAUCUCCUGUUUGGAAAGAUGAGAUGCAUUAAUUAUAUAUAUAUAUAUAUAUAUAUAUAUAUAUAUACAGUAUAUAUAUUUAAUAUUGGUAUAAUGGUUGGUGCUGUUAGUAGAUUUGAUUUCAGGGUUUAUAAACAUUUUACUAAACUGUUUGGAGGUCAUUGAAUACAGUGUGAUGAAUUAUCUUUCAGGUUUUCUAUUGAUGAAUUAAAUGUAAGGAAAUAUGAUCUGCAUAAUAAAAAUAAAGGCUUUUUAUAAGUUU